CCAAAGGAUUUUUUCUUAAAAAAAAAGAAAGAUAUUUAAUCGGUUCUCGCUGAUAUUUAAAAAUCGAGAAUCUCUUGCGGUGGUGGUGCAGAUGUUGCGAUUACAAUAAAAGAGUUAAAUCACACAAUAAACAAAAAAAAAAAAAAAAACACAACAUGUUGUCAUCUUGAUUUUCGAUUUCUGAAAUAAAUCUUUCAAACCAGACAGUUCUAUCUAAUCUCAAAAGGAGAAGACUUUUGUUUCUCUCUCUCUGGCGUAGAGGCGAAGUUAACAGCGCCGCACGUAAUAAGCCUUUCCAUGGCUUUCCAGCGGCGGCGCUACAAUUACUACAACCGUCUCCGCCGUCUCCUCCCGCUUAUUUGCGGCUUCUCCGGAGCUCUUCUCAUCCUCUUCGCUCUCCUCUCCGUCUUUUCCCCUCCUCCUGAUGACUCCGAUCGACGCAUUUCCCAGCAGAUUAACUAUGGAGUCAAUGAUGAGAAGAAGCACGUAGCAGUGAUCUUUACCGGAGGGAGAUUAGAUCGUGAUAUCUGGCGUUCUUGGAAUGCUCAACUCUUUUACGGUUGCUGCAAUGCAAGCACCAAGUUCCCAAAUGCUAAAGCAAUUACUAGAAGCGAUCGGUACUUGGCAAUCGCCACUAGUGGUGGUUUAAACCAACAACGAACUGGAAUUGUAGAUGCUGUUGUUGCUGCUCGAAUCCUAAACGCUACGCUUGUUAUCCCUAAGUUAGACCAGAAAUCCUACUGGAAAGAUGCCAGUGACUUCUCCCACAUCUUCCAAGUUGAUUGGUUUAUAUCGUUUCUCUCAAAAGAUGUCAAAAUCAUAGAGCAGCUUCCACCUAAAAGAGGACGAACGUGGAGUCCCAGCAGAAUGCGUGUUCCAAGAAAAUGCAACGAGAAAUGUUAUAUCAAUCGAGUACUACCCGUUCUUCAGAAAAGGCAUGCGGUUCAGUUGAAUAAAUUUGAUUACAGACUUUCGAACAAGUUGAGAGAUGAUUUGCAGAAGCUGAGGUGUAGAGUAAACUACCACGCGCUUAAGUUCACUGAUCCCAUUCUCAAAAUGGGCAACGAGUUGGUCAGAAGAAUGCGGUCAAGGAGCAAGCACUACAUUGCUUUACACCUUAGGUUUGAGCCUGACAUGCUCGCCUUCUCGGGAUGUUACUAUGGUGGUGGUGACAAGGAGAAGAAAGAGUUAGGAUCAAUCAGAAGGAGAUGGAAAACUUUACAUGUGAAUAACCCGGAAAAGCAAAGGCGACAAGGAAGAUGUCCGCUUACACCAGAGGAAGUUGGAUUAAUGCUUAGAGCUUUAGGAUAUGGAAGCGAUGUUCAUAUAUAUGUUGCAUCAGGUGAAGUUUACGGAGGAGAAGAGUCAUUAGCUCCGUUGAAAGCGCUCUUCCCACAUUUCUAUUCUAAAGACACUAUAGCUACCAAAGAGGAGUUAGAACCCUUCUCUUCUUAUUCUUCACGAAUGGCUGCGUUGGACUUCCUCGUGUGCGAUGAAAGCGAUGUCUUUGUUACAAACAAUAACGGGAACAUGGCGAGAAUAUUAGCUGGUCGAAGGAGAUAUUUUGGACAUAAACCGACGAUUAGACCGAAUGCAAAGAAGCUGUACAAGUUGUUUCUAAGCAAAGAGAACACAACUUGGGAGGAGUUUGCUUCAAGAGUCAGAACGUUUCAGAAAGGAUUCAUGGGAGAGCCCAAGGAAGUCAGAGCCGGUAGAGGCGAGUUUCAUGAGAAUCCGUCCACUUGUAUAUGCGAAGCUAAGGCAAAAGAAGGAGGUAUGGAUUCAAGAAAACUCGGUAAGAAAAACAAAAAAGAAGGUGAUGAACCGAAGGAAGAUGAAGAUGCGGAGUGGUCUUCAGAUUAUGAGGAAGACCAAACUGAUUUGCAUGACAGAGGGUUGUAUAAUGGUACGAGGCUGGAUUAUGAGGAUAUGUCUUCGGAUGAGCCUGAGCUCGAAGAAAUGCUGUCAGAUUGAUUCAUUUAAAAAAGACUUAAAAAGAUCAUUUUACAACCCUUUUUGUUGUGGUGAUAUUACCUUCAUCAAUUUCUUCUGUACAUAGGAAUCCAAUCCGAGGAAGAAUGAUUUUUUCUUUUUUA